UACCAGAUUUUUAGGUAGUGCAUCCCAAAUCAUGAAGACCUUCAAAGUGAAGAAAUCUCUCAUCUUCCCUCUCAGCCUUUGGAAUAAGGAGAAGCAUUCAGCCCCUCACACCCCAGGGAGAAGUAGCAGCAAUGCACAACUUAUAAAGAAAGUCUAUGGUGUAAUAAAGGAAGAUUUGAUAAUCACUUGCAAGUUUGAAGACUCCAUCCAAAGGCCGACUUUUGAACCCAAAGUGAUCACAAAUUUCCCCAAAAGAAUGGUAGCUGAGCUACAGUUUGUGAAAUGGCUGCAUUAUAAACAUCCUGAAGACCAUAAAAAUGCCCAUGUCAUUGUGAAUACUCAUGAUUUCAUAAAGCAAUGUCAUUUCUCUUCACGUUACGAGAGCUUGAUUAUUUCCCUUCACACUGCCCAACUCCGCAUCAAAGAAUUACUUGUGUCAGAUGCUGGAUUCUAUUUCUGUGACCCAGUUAACAAGAUAAAAGCUGAAGUUAAAGGGGAGCCUGAGGUGACACAGGUGAUUAUCAAAGCUGUACCAAUUUCUAAGACUUUUUUCCAAAUGUCCCCACUGGAAGCGAACAAGCCCAUGAUGCUGCAAUUGAAUAUGAUUAGGUUUUAUCCAAGAGACAUUCAGGUGGAUUGGCUGAUGGACAAGAGUCAACUAGAAGGAAGCACUCUGUUAUCUGUCAAUGCUCAAUGUGAUGGAACCUUCAAUGCUAUGGCUGCAAUUGCAUUUGUACCACAAGCAAAAGACGACAGUAAAACAAUUACUUGCCAGAUCACUCAUGAAUCUAAGAAGAUACCGAAGGUGCUGAAGCUCCAAGUUGCAUAUGGACCUGUAAGUCUCAGGGUGCAACCAGGGAAAAAUGUUCUGAAGAGGAAAGGUGACCUGCUCGAACUGCUUUGUAUAUCCAAUAGCAACCCGAUAGCCCGAAUGUCUUGGAGCUUCAAUGGAACAGUUUUGCAGAGCAAACAAACAAAUCAACUGAAGAUCAAAGUGGAGAACAUCUCACUCAGUGACCAGGGGAACUACACCUGCUCUGCAGAGAAUACGUUGGGAACAAGAACGUCAGUGGUGGUGGUCAAUGUGACUGACAGCAUGACAAGUGAUGUGGCUGAAAAACAAGUGUGGCUGGUCUCUGGGAUCAGCACCAGUGUAGUGCUUCUCCUGAUCAUUGUGACGUCAGUUGUUGUGUACGCUCUCAUAAGAAAGCACAGAGCUACAGGGCAACAGGUUGAAAAUCCGCUGUACAUGGUGUCCUCGCAUCCGAAUGCUGAUGUUUAUGAGACUCUGGAAAAAGCUGAUACUGAGGAGCCCAGCAUCCAAAAGAUGAGUGAAGCCAUUUAUGCAAACACUUUACAAAAUUUGAAAGGCUUUAAUUCAGCACCAGCCAAGACCGAGAUCGCCAUAGAGGAUUAAGCGGAAGGUUCAACAUUGAAAAUUGAGGUUGACUAUUAAUGCGAGUGUAAUUAGUCAUAGCUGAGAAGGUUGUGGGCAGUUGGUGGUGUCGAUUUAUACACUGAGUGCUUGCAGAAACAGGAUUUUUAGGGCUAGAAAAGUUGGUGUCGUCUUAAACACCAGUUGACUUAUAUGCCGCAAUUUACAGUAAAUAAAUCGCUUAAGUAUUUCACUAACUGCUUAAGAAUGUAUAAGUGUAGUUGGCAAUUUCUAUAGGCUCCCCUGAUGGUUCAGUGGAUAGUGACUGCCCAGUGUGGAAAUAAGCCCAGUUUAUCAACUGAAUAGUGUAACUUCCCUGACUCGACUCACACUCUGACCUGACGGUCUCUGCCAGGAUUCAGCCAGUGGAUGGUAAAGGGGACCACAAUCUUUUCUACUGCCUUAAUGCAGAGCUUGUGUGAUGAUCACAGAUGUGCCUUACUGCUGUGCAUUCUCCCUCAGUGGAUGGAAUUCAUCCAUUGGCCACAACACACUGGAGCAGCAAGACUCAAAGCUGCUGAUGGCUGGACGGACUCUCGACCCUCCUUCCACUGAGUUCCCAAUCUCGGUCCCUAAGUGCUGGGUGGCCUCGGGGACCAAUUAGGGAGACAGUGUGGGUGUGGGUGGCUUGUCAGUUCAGAUCAGCACUGAGGGGUAGCUAGAAUUAGCUGUCCUGUCCACCUGUUGCUGUCCUGACCUGUUCAGGGAAAGUAGGAGAGAAAAAUAGUACCAAUUAGCAAAAUGAAAUUAAGCUUUUUCUCAAAUCAUCUAUUUGCAUCUUCCACAAUUGUACAAUAAAUCAUACUGUAUUUGU